AAUUUGGAUCAGGAAUCAUGUCAAAAUUUGAAAAGGAGAUAAAUUCUUGGGCUAGAUUAUUUCUAUGUUUGUGUGUUUUGUCUCUUUAACUUUGCAUUACAUUAGCAGACCUAAUUAUCUGCAAUUUCCUCCCAUUAGCCCCACGUUCAUGAAUGCAUUAUCUCAAGAAAUUAAACAAUCAUCCGAAUUCAAGAUGUCAGACUCUCAACAAGCACUCUUAAUCAGUAAGGAAUCCUCUUUUCAAAAACUCCUAGAGAGCAGUAAAACCCAUCUGCAAAGUUCAGUCCCCAGGGAAGAUAUGUUGAGGAACAACAUCUCAGUUGCCUUAGAUGAUUUUGUGGCUGCAUCUAACGCUGAAGAUACACUGACACCUUCUGCUUGUGAAGCAGAAAACAGAAAAGAGAAAGAAGAGAGUGAUGCUUCAUUGACUCCUGAGCAGAGGGAACAAAAGCAAAAGCGAGCAGAGUUUGUGCAAGAAUUGGUUAUGUCCAGUAUUUUCGAUGAUUAACAAAAUUUAGCUUACAGAAACUUGACAGUGAAUAGAUGACUAGGAACAAAAUAUGAAAAUAUAGAUAAAAAAAG